UUUUUUAUAGAUGAAGAAAUGGAGGUCAGAGUGGCAACUUGCCCAAGGUCACACCUAGGAAGAGGCAGAGACAGAUUUCAAAGCCAGCUCAGCCUGACUCCAGGCCCCUCACCGAUGCCCCCACGGCUUCCACCCCUUGGUAGUACUGACGACUUAGAAGCCAGGCAGCGCUCUGCUGAUUUUCAGCUUGGUGUAAGCAACCACAGGCUCUCUGCAGCUCAAGCUCUGGGAGCAUUGGCAGAGAAAACUAAAGGGCACCCCAACUUCCUCCAGCUCUCACCUGCACCCCCGAAGUGUAGUUUCUUCUCUCCAGACUAAAACUGGACCCGCAGCGGCUGGAAAAGCCCCGGAGCCUCCCACACUAGGCUGCAAGCUACUUGCUUACCAAGUCCAAAGGUCAGCUAAAGUUUGGCUGAUAAACAGAACCGGUACAAGAAGGUCUUCAGCCCCCCAGCGUGAGUACAAUGGACCCUGGCAAGCCCUGCUCCCGGCCCGGGUCUCCAGCUCUCCACGUCUGCCUUCAAGCUCUCCCUCUCUCCCUUUCCCCCCUCCCCAUGACUAUUUGCAUCUUGCCGAAAGCCGGGCCCUCCCCGCUAAUUUGCAUAUCUUAUAUGGCCUAAUGGUGGCGAUCAUGGCAAGUUAGAAGUUUUCUGACUCCUCUCGGAGGAGACUCCGGGACCCCGGGGAGUAACAGGUGUCUGGAGUCUGAAGGGUGGGGGCGUUCCUGGACUUGGGGUUCGCUUGUGAAACUCCCCUCCACCCUCCUCUCUCGCACCCACCCACCCCCUCACCCCCUUCUUUUUCUGUCCUUGGAAAAUGGUGUCCAAGCUCACGUCGCUCCAGCAAGAACUCCUGAGCGCCCUGCUGAGCUCCGGGGUCACCAAGGAGGUGCUGGUCCAGGCCUUAGAGGAGUUGCUGCCAUCCCCGAGUUUCGGGGUGAAGCUGGAGACGCUGCCCCUGUCCCCCGGGAACGGGGCCGACCCCGACACCAAACCAGUCUUCCAUACGCUUACGAACGGCCACGCCAAGGGCCGCUUGUCUGGGGACGAGGGUUCUGAGGACGGGGACGACUAUGACACCCCUCCCAUCCUCAAGGAGCUGCAGGCGCUCAACACCGAGGAGGCGGCGGAGCAGCGGGCGGAGGUGGACCGGAUGCUCAGCGAGGACCCCUGGAGGGCUGCCAAAAUGAUCAAGGGCUACAUGCAGCAGCACAACAUCCCCCAGAGGGAAGUGGUCGACGUCACGGGUCUCAACCAGUCCCACCUCUCUCAGCAUCUCAACAAGGGCACCCCCAUGAAGACCCAGAAGCGCGCAGCCCUCUACACCUGGUACGUCCGAAAGCAACGAGAGAUCCUCCGACAAUUCAACCAGACAGUCCAGAGUUCUGGAAAUAUGACAGACAAAAGCAGUCAGGAUCAGCUGCUGUUUCUCUUUCCAGAGUUCAGUCAACAGAGCCAGGGGCCUGGGCAGUCCGAUGACGCCUGCUCUGAGCCCGCCAACAAGAAGAUGCGUCGCAACCGGUUCAAAUGGGGGCCCGCGUCCCAGCAAAUCUUGUACCAGGCCUACGACCGGCAAAAGAACCCCAGCAAGGAAGAGAGGGAGGCCUUAGUGGAGGAGUGCAACAGGGCAGAAUGUUUGCAGCGAGGCGUCUCCCCCUCCAAAGCCCAUGGCCUGGGCUCCAACCUGGUCACUGAGGUCCGUGUCUACAACUGGUUUGCGAACCGCAGGAAGGAGGAGGCGUUCCGGCAGAAGCUGGCCAUGGAUGCCUACAGCUCCAACCACACGCACAACCUGAACCCCUUGCUCUCCCACGGCUCUCCCCACCACCAGCCCAGCGCUUCUCCCCCAAAUAAGCUGUCAGGCGUGCGCUAUAGCCAGCCGGGGAACAAUGAGGUCACUUCCGCCUCAACAAUCAGCCACCAUGGCAACAGCGCCAUGGUGACCAGCCAGUCUGUUUUACAGCAAGUCUCCCCAGCCAGUCUGGAUCCUGGCCACAAUCUCCUCUCACCUGAUGGUAAAAUGCAGAUCUCCGUCUCCGGAGGUGGUUUGCCCCCUGUCAGCACCUUGACGAAUAUCCACAGCCUGUCCCACCAUAAUCCCCAGCAAUCUCAAAACCUCAUCAUGACCCCCCUCUCUGGAGUCAUGGCCAUUGCACAAAGCCUCAACACCUCCCAAGCACAGAGCGUCCCCGUCAUCAACAGUGUGGCCGGCAGCCUGGCAGCCCUGCAGCCUGUCCAGUUCUCCCAGCAGCUACACAGCCCUCACCAGCAGCCCCUCAUGCAGCAGAGCCCCGGCAGCCACAUGACCCAGCAGCCCUUCAUGGCAGCGGUGACUCAGCUGCAGAAUUCCCACAUGUACACACACAAGCAGGAACCCCCCCAGUACUCCCACACCUCCCGGUUUCCAUCUGCGAUGGUGGUCACGGAUACGAACAGCAUCAGUACGCUUACCAACAUGUCUUCCAGUAAACAGUGCCCCCUCCAAGCCUGGUGAUGCCCACCCAUCACUUACUUUGCGCACAGCAACAAGGACCCUAUUUUCCACACCGUCCCCCUCCGGGCAGCUGUCGCGGAAAAGGCCAGUGGCCUGACAAGCACCUUCGAGAGAGGUCCCUGCCUGCCUGACAUCCUGCUGGCGCCUGGACAAGGACAACCCGCUGGGAGGCACAGCCCCAGAGUGCAGCUUCCCUCCCCUUCUAUGCAGUAUUGUCGCCAUGCCUCUCCCAGGACGGCGAGUACUCCCAUCUGGCCUGCGGGUCAGACCAGAAGCCACGGAGGAGGAAGAGAGAGAGAGCUGCCGUGUCUAUGCUGCGCUCCUUCACCGAACAAACGGAUGCGAAAAACUUGAAUCUGUUACUGAAUAAGGAGGACACGUGCUAUUGAACUGAGCCAAACACACUGUAAAUAUCAGCGACCUCCCACCCCCCCCAUCCCAGCUGAUCUUGAGAUUUCUUUUGAAGAAGCAAAUUUCUCCAAUGGGUGUAAACUAUAACCUACUGUAAUUAAGUGCAAUUACCCCCCUCCGCUUCCUUCCCCCCCACCCUGUAUAUAAUACUAAAGUGUCUAUUAGUUCUCUUUUUAAAGGUCGGAGUUGAAUUUUCCAAGUGAUUGGCCCCCUUCUCCCUCCCCCCCAUGGAGAAAUAGCCUGAGUCGUACGUGAAGGCUCCUGCCCCUGUCCCUCAGGCCUGGACACACACACUGGGACCGUAGAGGCGGGACUGACCGCCAGCCUUCUCCAGUCUCCUGUUGUGAAGACACACGUCUGGAUCCUGGAGGGGCUGAACCUGGUGUCAGACUAGUAGCCCAGCUUCCGGUGGGGCCAGGGGGUUCAGCCAGCCCACCACCAAGACACCGCAAGGCAGGAAAACUGGCUGCUUGAUAGCACAAGAAAACGUGACCCUCUCCAAAAGCCUCCCAUUAAAACAGUUUAUUUUAUCACUGCCCAGAGUCUCAUAUUUC